ACAGAUAAUAUUUUUUUUUCUCAUUUUUCCCUCUUUUCCUGCUCAUUUCCAGGCCUGCCCUGCCAAAUUCAACUCCCACCUGAUGGGAGUUGGGAAUUCCCAGUUCCAGGCCGUCAUUCCCAAUUUGCCGCGAAUCCUCACAACCUUGUUAUACCUUUUUUUCCCCUAAUUUUUCCCUCUUUUCCUGCUCAUUUCCAGGCCUGCCCUGCCAAAUUCAACUCCCACCAGAUAAGAGUUGGGAAUUCCCAAUUCCAGGCCGCCAUUCCCAAUUUGCCGCGAAUCCUCACAACCUUGUUAUACAUUUUUUUCCCCUAAUUUUUCCCUCUUUUCCUGCUCAUUUCCAGGCCUGCCCUGCCAAAUUCAACUCCCACUUGAUAGGAGUUGGGAAUUCCCAGUUCCAGGCCGCCAUUCCCAAUUUGCCGCGAAUCCUCACAACCUUGUUAUACAUUUUUUUCCCCUAAUUUUUCCUCUCAUUCCCAGGCCUGCUCAUGUCUCCCUUCCACGAGUUCUGCCUGCCCCCGGGCCUGGCUUGCCCCGAGCCCUUCGCCGUGACCCGCAACGAGACCUGCGUCAUCAAAUACCCCGACACCGUGGUGGACAUCGUGGAGCCCGACAUGCCCCCGUACUCGGUCAUCUACCCCGGGCCCACGCUGACCACCUUCCCCCAGCAGACCGUGGUGGGCUCCACGGCCCUGCUGGACAUCCAGAACCUGCUGGGCUCCCGGGGGUACCCCGGGUUCGGGGGCCAACCUAAACCUUGCCUGGAUAUCUGUGGAUAGACUGGAAAAGGCACAGCCCGAGCAGUCAGACAGAGCCCGACUAAAGUUUAUGGAUAAUGGAUUCUAGAAGUGCCGAGCUCCCACUGCCCCAGGUUGAUCCCGUCCAUCCCGGCCCUGGACGCUUCCAGGGGUGGAAAAUUCAUGGAAUAACCUGAGCCAGGCCAUCCUCACCCUCCCGAGGUUGCCAUGGAGUCCAUAAAUCCAGGGAUCCCUGGCACUAGACCUGCCCGAGGACUAGGAUUUCCAAACUACGAGAGAACUGAAAUUUCUCUAUUGACCUCAUUGUAAAUUAGGAUGAACCAAAGCCCAGAAUUUUCCAAGAAACCAGAUUUUUAAAAAUUCUCUCUCUCUCUUUUUUUUUUUUUUUUUUUUGGUUUAUGAAAAGCUGUGUGUCAAUAAAUUCGUUUUUAUGCCAACGCCGACGUUUUAUUAUCGAUUUCUCUCAAAAUAAAAAACUACAAAAUCCACCCAAACGAUAUGACUGAAAACCUUGGGUUCCAAAAAUGAAAUUUUAUCCAAAUUCCCCUUCAUUGGUAAAUUUUAUUGAACCAGCAUUUUAAAAGAAACAAAUAAAUCAGCUCUACUUGGCAUUUCUGAAAAUUCGGGAUUUGUAGAUCCUUGCUGUGCUUUAUUCCUGCUUAGCCCAAACAUGUAACGCUCUCCCAGCUUCUUUUCCUGUCUUUCUCUCAUUUAAUGCAAGCCAAGGGGAAAAAAAGAAAACCAAAAUCAAAAUAUUUACAGCAACUGUAAGAGCAAAUCUCUUUUUGCUAAAAUCUAUGAAAAUCGUGGGAGUGGGGAUUUGUUGUGGACCCUCCUGGAAUUCUUUGAUUUUCUCCUUUUCCGGUGAGUUUUGCGCUUGUAAUUUGAGCUUCUCGUUCCCAUUAAAUGCUGUCAUGCAGAUGCACUUUUGGGUUUUGCUUUUUUAGGAUGGUUUGGAGUGGAAGGGACCCCGAAAAUCACCCAGUGCCACCCCCUGCAUGGGCAGGGCCGUUCCCGCUGUCCCUUGGAUGCUCCAGGGAUGGGGAAUCCGUGGGAUCACCCAGGCCAGGGCCCCACAGGGAACAAUUCCUCCCCAAAUCCAACCCAAAUUUCCUCUGGUUCAGUCUGAAUCCACUCAAAAUUGAUAAAAUUUUGCCUUUUCCCAAAGUUCAUCCCACCUGGAUUUUGGGGUGAAAUGCUGCUGCCCCCAGGUGCUGGGCCCAGCACAAAAAUGCAGAUUUUUUUUUUGUUGUUUAAUUAAUUGAAGCGCUGGAAUGAAUUUUCCAUCCGACUCAUGAGGCUGUUCCCCAAAAAUAGGACAAAAAUCCUGGGCCAAGCGUGUGCAGGCAGGACCUGGGCACUGUCACCCUCCCCAGGGCACCAGGCUGGGACAAGCUGGGCGAGGAGAAACUGCAAUGUGGGAAAAAAAUAAAUAUAAAUAUUUUAUAUUAUGGGCAGGGACAAUCUGCAAGGUGGGAAAAAAAUAAA